CUCUGCUUAGUGUCUUUACUAACUCCAGGAUUGAAGAACAGUAGGAAAAUGACCCUGCUGUGUUGAAAUUACAGAAGAGGAAGCCUAACACCAAAAGUUACCAAACUGCAAAGUGAUCAAAUGUAUACAGUGGAACACCACUAUAUCAGCACAUAGUGAAAGUAAGAACUGUAAUGAAGCAAGUACAGAAGAUUUCUGUGGCCUCUGAGCCUGCUGCAGUUUAUUACCUGCAAGUGUCCUGGGAGGACGAUAUUGGCACUGGUUUCAGUCUUUCACUCUCUGAUGGUCAGUCUGCAUGGCAUGGAAGAGUGUCUGAAGAGGAUAUUUCAAAGGAAGCAGGAGAAAUGGAAAUGAAAAGAGAGAAGUAUGUUGAGGAACUUAAGAGAGCACUGGCUUUGGGAACAAAGCAAGCUGAUGCGUACAGCUUUGAUUUAACGAAAGAUGACAUUGAGGCAGAAGAUCUUAGUUUCAUCUAUGAGAAAGUUCUGAAGGAUGUUUCAUUUCGACUUGGAUCAGCCAGGCUUUGUAAGGUGCAGAGCCCAGCAGAAGUAAUUAAAGAAAUGAUCGACUUUGGAUUAGUUUGUACAGCAGAGUUGCAUGUCAAAAGUGAACUCCUGGCAAAUGAAAAUGAAAGACUUCUAAGUGAUCAGAACUACAUUUUACAAGAGUUAGAGAAAUGUGUGGCUGAGAAAGAACAACUGGAACAAGAACUGUUUACACGCUUUGUCCUGGUACUGAAUGAGAAGAAAGCUAAGAUACGAAGUUUGCAGGAGAAAUUAAAAGAAGUCGAAGCUACUGCUGAAUCUGCAAAACAUCACAGGGAUAAAUUAUCUACUGUUCGAAGUUCUCCAACAGCAGAAGAAGCUGACUAUGAUGCCAGUACUGAUGACGAAAACAGCAAUGUUCAGAGCAGCAUUUCUCAAGUGUCAGUGUCAUAUAGGGGUAACAGCAAAGCUCCUACUGCAAGUUUGGCCAUUGACAACACUUCACCGGACAUUAUGGAUAUUGCUCCAAGUCGUAAGCGGAGACAACGAUUGCAGAAGGCUGAAGAAAUAGAAAGCAAGUCUUCAAAGCAGUCAGCUCAGCAGCCCAAAAGCAGGUCUGGUCCUGCAAUACCAAAAUCAUCAAUUAAUAUUUACACUUCAGGAAGAGAACCAUCACAAGCAACUCAAAAAAUCUCCGAGCCUGAGGAUCUCUUUGAAAACAUGUAGUAGUUCAACUGCUUUUACAUGACUGACAGCCACUAUUUUGCCACUGAAAGUUUCUAUAUAUGACUGGAGCAUUUAAACACCAUAAACUAUAUGAUUCAGAUGUCUGUUAAAUGUAUAUGCAAAUAAAAAAUAUUGUGGUAAAUUGUUAA